AUGGCGUAUUACAACCAGAACUACAAUUACCCGAAGAACUGGAACGCAAACGGGCUCGGGUGGAUUAAUCCGGCCGCGUUCGCACAAUCGCCUCCAGCCUCCCAGUGGCCAACCGUUCCAUCGCCGGUUUCCUCGGGAUACUCCAGUCUCAAUCCGUCCAUUUCCGGCCAAUCACUCUCGUAUGGGUUUAACCCGAACGUCAUGCCACCAUUGCCGGGUAGCGAUCCCGGCUAUCCGCCUUCAAAUACCUACGUUCCCUAUCCUACGAUGGGAUUUGCCGGUUUUGGAUCGCCGUCGGACUUUGCCAUGCCGGACCUGCCUCCAACCGUGCCUUCCGUGCUCCUGCGGGACAGCGAACCUUCGCCCACGUGCGAGGAAAUUCCGUUCCAAUCUAUCAGCAUCCCGAUCGCGGAGGGAAUGUUCUCACCGCAUCCGUGA